AACAAGUAAGGGUUAGGGCUUACCUUGCUAGAGCUGAGAGAGGGAGAAGGAGACAGCGUGUAAGAGGAGGUAAGUGCACUUUCAAUUCAGCUGCGUUUCUACUUCCCCUCUCCCAAAUUUGAAAUGGAUAGCCGCUGUAAAAAGUAAUUUGUGACUUGAAAAACACCUAAUUCCUCUGUUACAUUUCUUGCAAUCUUACCUGAUUGAAAGUUACAAGUUGAGAUUUUGUUACCUGUAACAUUUCUCCCCCAAAUACAAACAGUAAGAAAGUCACCUGUAAGAUUGUGGUCCGCUUAAGACGGCUGGAUCCUCUCUGGGAUCCAUAGCCUGAGAUACUACAUACAGUAGAUUGCAGCUGUUGUGACCAUGCCCCUACAAUGGAUGAUUGCUGAUAUCUCUAUCGUUCUGGCUCUGAUUUCAAUCAUCACUGUCGCUGUUGCAGCUUUAUUCUUUGACUUUGUCAAAAGAACAGGACGGAACCACUCUGCGGAAUCGGCAGUGGCGUUCUUCGAUGAUCCAAACUCAUUAAAACAGGUCGCUUGCCCCUCUAUCUCUGAUCCAGCAGAGAAGUACAUUUCUUUAAUAAUACCCGCAUUCAAUGAAGAGCAUAGACUUCCAGGAGCUCUAGAUGAGACCAUGAAUUAUCUACAACAACGUGCUGCAGCUGACAGAUCCUUUUCUUAUGAGGUGUUGAUAGUUGAUGAUGGAAGUGCUGAUAGGACGCCCAAGGUGGCUUUUGACUUUGUGAGGAAGUAUACAGUUGAUAAUGUAAGGGUUAUUCUUCUUGGAAGAAAUCAUGGGAAGGGAGAAGCUAUUAGAAAAGGAAUGCUCCACUCACGUGGUGAGCUGCUUUUAAUGCUCGAUGCUGAUGGAGCAACCAAGGUUACCGACUUAGAAAAGCUUGAAAAUGAGAUAUGUAGAAUAGCUGAGAAGGAACUUAAAUUGAGAGUUGCAGCACCUAGUGAUUCAAGCCCGAGAAUUCCAGAGAUUGCAGUUGCUGCAUUUGGUUCUCGUGCUCACCUUGAGAAGCAGGCUUUAGCUACGCGUAAGUGGUACCGUAAUAUUCUGAUGAAGGGCUUCCACUUGGUGGUUCUCUUGACUGCUGGUCCUGGAAUUCGUGAUACUCAGUGUGGUUUUAAGAUGUUUACAAGGGCUGCUGCUCGGGAGCUUUUUACCAAUAUUCGUUUGAAAAGGUGGUGCUUUGAUGUCGAGCUGGUCUACCUAUGCAAACAUCUCAACAUCCCCAUGGUCGAGGUAUCUGUUAACUGGUCUGAGAUACCUGGUUCUAAAGUGCGACUGACUAGUAUCAUACACAUGCUUUUCGAGCUUCUUCUCAUCCGUGUGGGUUAUGGGCUUGGCAUGUGGAAAAUUCACACAUGAUUGGAUGUUUUCGAUCCAGUGAUAAGUGCUUCAUAUUUAACAUUCAAAACCCGAGGCAUAUUAAAUCAGGAGAAAGUAUUUUUGGAGCCCCAUUUAACUCUUCAUCAAGGCAGCUUCCCGAGAUAGAUGUAAUCCAUGUUUUUCAUAUUGCAGGCCGUAUUAUUCUAGACAAUGACCUGAUGGGGAGGCCGAGAGAUCUAUUGACAUGACAGACCCUAUCGGUCAUGACAAACAGGAUACUCAGUAGGUCAGGGUGACGAAAUUACCUAAGUUAAAUCCUAGAUAAUGCCAAUCUUUUUUUUCUUUUCUUUUAAAUUUAAAUUUAUGCAAAUUGAGUUAGGCUGCAACAUUGAUGUUGCAAGAUGAUGAGUGGAUGGAAACACGCAGAGAUCAAAUGCUGUUGAUAUACUAAAUAGUUACAAAGAUUAUAAUUGUGUGGCAUGGCCCAUCAUAUCUACACUAGCCA